AUGGCCGAACAGCAGCAGCGGGACUCGCUGUGUCCGCGUCUGAUCGACUACCUGGCGAUCGUCGGAGCCCGCACCACACACAUGUCCCGCUCGGGGACGGGAAGCGCGGGCGGGGCGGCCGUAGUUGGUGGCAGCUCCGGUAACCAGUCGUCCGUACAGCUGCCGGAACUGCUGCGCCGCUAUCCACCGAUGGACCACGACGACUUCCCGUUGCCGCUCGACAUGGUGUACUUCUGCCAGCCGGAGGGAUGCGUCAGCGUUGGGUCGCGGCGUACCGGCGCCGCCAUCCGCGACACCACCUCGUUCGUGUUCACGCUCACCGACAAGGACUCGGGUAAGACGCGGUACGGUAUCUGCGUCAACUUUUACCGCCCGAUCGAGAAGUCGCAGGGACCGAGGGGCGGUGCCGGCGCCGGUGGGGGCCGCGGGCUGGCCGGAGCGGGAAGCGGAGGCGGUAAGCAGCAGGCCAACUCGUCACUGCGGCGCGAGUCGUGGCGCAAGAGCAUGGAGAAGAGCUCGGACUCGGCGUUCUCGAGCGACUACCGGAGCAGCAACAUCGCGCCGAGCGACUCCUCCGACCGGGACUGUCCGAGCCGGCGCGACUCCGAUCCGCCGAACCACCAGCACCAGCCGUCGCUGCUGGGCGUGGGCGGGCCGUCGGCGGCCGACUCGGAGUCGGGCGGCAGCCACUCGCCGUCACCCCGCGCCUCCCGCAAGCGCUCGAAGGUGCGCAACCACUCGCUGACCUCGCUCUGCAUCCUGUCGCACCAUCCGUUCCUGUCGAUCUUCCGCGAGUGCCUGUUUAUCCUGAAGCGGCUCAUCGAUGCCUGCAACGACUCGUGCAGCCCGAAGCGCACCGGCUCGGGGACGGGGAUGGGGGCGGCGGCGGCGACCACCGCUGCCCGCCAGGCGGUGCGGGACAGCGUGUGGAACGUGCUGACCAACCAGGCGUCCGAGGCGACGAGCGCCGUCGUGCUGCACGACGUGCAGGAGAUCGAGACCUGGAUCUUGCGGCUGUUGUCCGCGCCGGUGCCGGUGCCCGGGUCGACGCGCGUCGAGGUGGACGUGCUGUCCGGGGCACUCUACCAGCCGCUCGUCUUCGCGCUGCCCGACCACACGCGCUUCACGCUGGUCGACUUCCCGCUGCACCUGCCGCUCGAGCUGCUCGGCGUGGAGACGUGCCUGAAGGUGCUGACGCUCAUCCUGCUCGAGCACAAGCUCAUCAUACAGUCGCGCGACUACAACGCGCUCUCGAUGUCGGUGAUGGCGUUCGUGCACCUGAUCUAUCCGCUCGAGUACAUGUUCCCCGUCAUACCGCUGCUGCCGACCUGCAUGGGCAGCGCCGAGCAGCUGCUGCUCGCACCGACGCCUUACAUCAUCGGGCUUCCCGCGACCUUCCUGAUGUACAAGAAAAACUUCCGGUUGCCGGAUGACAUUUGGCUGGUGGAUCUCGACUCGAACAAGCUAACGCCGGCGUCCGGCGACAUGGAACCGGUACCGAUGCUGCCCGAACCGGAGGGCGGUAUCCUCAAGAAUCACCUCAAACAGGCGCUGAGCUCGAUGACGUCGGGAACGCUGUCGUCGUCGUCGGCGGCCAUAUCCACGCCAUCCGUACCGAAGGCGGGCAAUGGUAGAGAGAGCUUUGCUGCCAACACGGCCAACGCCACCACGGGCCUGGCGCUGCAGGCUCCAGCGCCGUCGGGCGCCGGAUCGAAUCACCACCAUUCCGCACCCGGAGCGCCCGGAGCGGGAUCGUCGCAGCAGCUGAGUCCGGUGGGUGGAGCACCACCGGCGCCGUCGGCCAGCCCGAACCCGCUGAUCUUCGGCGCCGACGUGGACUCGGUGGACGUGGCGACGCGGGUCGCCAUGGUGCGCUUCUUCAACUCGCAGAACACGCUCGCCAACUUCACCGAGCACACGCGCAUCCUGCGCCUCUACCCGCGCCCCGUCGUCGCCUUUCAGAUCAACAGCUUCCUGCGGUCGCGGCCCCGCACCUCCGCCUUCCUCAACCGGUUCGCGCGCACGCAGGCCGUCGAGUGGCUGGCCGAGUGGUCGCUCACGCCCUCGAACGUGGCGUUCCUGCGCGUGCAGACGGGCGUCCUCGACCCGGCGCAGGUCGGCGACAAGCCGAAGUGGUACUCGCACACGCUCAACCCGAUCCGGUUCCCGGUGUGGGACGACGGCAGCUCGCUGAACGUGGCGCUGAAGCGGAUGCUGCGCCUCGAGAGCCAGCCGACGGACGAGAGCGGCUCGGACUCGGAGGGCGCCGACAGCACCAGCUCCAGCUACUCGUCGCUCAGCGACUUCGUGUCGGAGAUCGUGUCGUCGGACCUGUCGCCCAGCCUGCACGAGGUGUACGCCAACCAGCACCACCACCAGCACCAUCACCACGUCGCACCGAAGAACCUGUCCUCCAACCUGGACCCGCGGCUAGUCUACCGGCCGCCCAGCUCGUUGCGCUUCCCGGAGGGCAUGCGACCGCCGAACGCGAAGGAGCUGGUCGACACGGACGCCCACGACUCCGGCGGUUCCACCUCGUCGAGCCAAUCGGAUCUCAGCUCGCCCAGCUUCAACCGCGACUCGGAGUUCGAGUUCAACCCGAAGACGCGCAACGAGGUGCACCUGGUGGUGAAGCCGGAGCGCGAGCACGGCAGCUUCGAGAACGAGUCCGACUCCAACUCCACCACCACGCCCAAGACGAUCGUGUCGAAGGACAGCGGCGGGUCGCUCGAGGCAGCGACCAAGCCGGGCCGGGUGGCCGGCAAGCUGAGCAAGAUCCCGCCACCGAUCUCGCCCAACUACGGGCGCCAGCAGAGCGGAGCGAACCUGCUCGCACGCACCUCCAGCUCCGGCUCGACUGGCUCCGGCAGCCAUCCGCCAUCGCUCGGCUCGGCCGGUUCGCAGCGCCAGAGCUCGCAGGGCUCGCUGUUCGAGGUGCUGACGACGCAGGCAAAGGAACUGGUAAGGGAAACGACUCGCCAGAGCAGCCAGGACGGGCUGCUGGCGCAGAUGGACAAGUUGAAAGUGCAGGCCAAGGAGAUAGAAGAAGAUCUCAAGAUUCUAGCUCCCCUCGAGCAGCUGACCCUUCAGGCGAAGAAGGCGGCCGAGGAGGCGUCCAAGCAGGCACUGGAGGCGUCCAAGCAGGCGGCAGGUGUCAGCAAGAAUACCAUCGAGGACCUGACGUAUGUCGGCAAGUCCACCAUCGGCGAUCUGACCAAGUCGGCCAAGGAGGUCGCGGCCAAGAAGGGGCUGCUGCAGCAGGGUAGCGCAGGUGGUGGUGGUGGUGGUGGUGGGGGUGGGGGCGCUGGUGGUAGCCACCAGCAGUCGCUCAGCUCGCCGACGGCGAACACGGUCGCUACCACCAACCAGUCGCUGUUCUCGUCCAUCACCAGCGACUUCAAUGGGAUCGCACAAUCCACGUCGUCCAUGUUCUCCGAUUUAUUCGGGAGCAAGCAGAAGACCCAGCAGCAGCAGCAGCAUAAUCACCAUCCACACCAUCAGCAGCAGCAGCAGCAUCAGCAGCAUCAGCAACAUCACCAGCAGGCCCAGCAACAGGCCCAUCAGCAGCAGGGUGGUAUAUUGCAGCAGCAGCAGCAGAAGAUGAAGGAGAAGCUGUCGUUCGAUCCGUUCCCGGGGCGGAAGGGUCUGGUCGAGCGCAAUCCACUGAUCAAACACUCGGGACCCAAGCAGACGAAGGAGGAGAUGCAGCGGAUACAGAACGCGGAGCGUUCGUCCAGCAACUCGGAGAACCAGGGCUUCCUGAAGGAUCUCGUCAACCAGGUGCUAGCGGGCGAGGGCGUCGGCUGGCUCAAGCUGAAUCGGCUGAAGAAGCUGAUGGAGGACGAAUCGUACCGCAUGCUGGUGCUGGGCAAGCUGAACCGCACUCUAGAGCGCAAGAUAGGCCCGGACGACCACAUAGACGAUGUGUGCAUAUCGAAGGCGGUCUACAAGGGAACCCUCAAGUGUCUGAUUGCCAUCACCCACGGGCUGGAGCACACGGUCAGCAACUUCGGGCUGGGUGGAAUGGCGUCCGUGUUCCAGAUGAUGGAGAUCGCCCAUACGCACUACUGGAGCAAGGAGCUAGUCGAGGGUGCCGGCUCCGAUAUGUCCGCCAGUCUCCUCUCGAGCCAGAGUGUCAGUCCGCUCGGGAGUCGGGAAAACCUUCGGUCGCCCCAGAGCCCCUCGGAGCUGUCGGAGUGGAUGCUCGGAGGGUCGCGCAAGAGCUCGAGCGCUACCACCGACCACCUGUCGCGCCACCCGUCGGAGAACGAGCACGAGAACCAGACGACGUCGGAGAUGUUCAAGGAUAUGCUGUCACUCAAGCGGAAUGUGCUGUUCAACAAGCUGACAUCGUUCGAGUCAGAGGGUAGCAUUGCGAUGCAAGAUUCAUCUGGUACACUAUCAGUCGCUAGUGACGUUUUGCCGCAACAGCAACCCUGUGACUUUUUGGCCGCCUCUAUCUCGUGCCGCUCGACGGUGUCGGACACCGAGUACGAAAAGUUUCCUAAGAGUUCGACGCUGAAGGACGCGAAGAAAAUGGCGGGCGGGAUCUUUUCCGGCAAGUCGUCGCUGAGUGCCGGCUUCCGGUACACCGGUGGCAGCCUCAUCCCGUCGUCCGGCUCGCCGUCGCCGGACGCACCGCGCGUGUACCUGUUCGAGGGGCUGCUCGGCAAGGAGCGGUCGGGCAUCUGGGACCAGAUGCAGUUCUGGGAGGAUGCGUUCCUGGACGCGGUCAGCCAGGAGCGGGACAUGAUCGGCAUGGAUCAGGGUCCGGGCGAGAUGAUGGAGCGCUACAAGGCGCUGUCGGACUCGGAGCGCAAGCGGCUCGAGCACGACGAGGACCGGCUGCUGUCGACGAUGCUCUACAACCUGACCGCCAUCCUGGUGAUGCUGAACGUGCACAAGCUGGAGAUCAAGAAGAAGGUUCGCCGGCUGCUCGGCAAGAGCCACAUCGGCUUCAUCUACUCGCAGGAGGUGAACCUGCUGCUCGACCAGAUCAACAAUCUGCACGGUAACGACAUCGAUCUGAAGCCGCUCGGAUCGCGGUUGCUGCAUCGGCAGAGCUUCACGGUGCACCAGGGCGUGGAUGCCAGCGGUUCGCUGCGCUUCAUCGAGGUGCGGGACGACGGGCUGGUGCUGCGAUCCGUCAACGGCAGCAUCACCGAGCGCUGGUGGUUCGAGCGGCUCGUCAACAUGACCUACUCACCCAAGACGAAGGUCCUCUGCCUCUGGCAGCGCAACGGUGGCCAGACGCAGCUGCACAAGUACUACACGCGCAAGUGCAAGGAGCUGUACAACUGCAUCAAGGAGUCGAUGGAGCGGAGCGGUUGCGCCGGCCAGGCACCCGAGCUCGGCGGUGAGUUCCCGGUGCAGGACAUGACCACCGGCGAGGGCGGCCUGCUGCAGGUGUGCCUCGAGGGUGUGGGCCUGUUGUUCGCCAACAGCAAGUUCUUCAUCCGGUUGAAUCACAUCCGGAAGUGCUUCACGCAGAAGGGUGGCGUUUUCAUCCUGGAGGAGUACAAUCCUAAAACGAGGCUCAUCAUUCAACGAAAGUAUAAAUCGGCAAUGGCCGAUCAGAUCUGCUACGCCGUGCUGUGCGUGUUCUCGUACAUUGCCGCCGGGCAGGAGCAGCAAACGAAGCACCAGCACCAUCACCACCAGCAUGCCGGAACCGGAAAAGGUGCUCAGCAACAGCAGCAGCAGCAGCAGCAGCAGCAACAACAACAUCCGCCUCAGAAGGUUCAGCAGACGCAUCUGCCGCAGCAGAGCUCACCCAAGCUGAAGACGGUCGUGGGGAAGCCGCUCAGUCCGAAGCAACCGACGCAGCCCAAUCCGAAUCAACAACAGCAACAUCCAACACAACAACAACAACAACAGCAACAACAACAACAACAGCAACCACCACAACAGUCUCCUCAAUUGCAACAACAAUUAAACCGGAAGAACUCGAGCACAUCUCAGCAACAAACAACCGCUUCCUCCACCCCCUCCACCACCGAUCCGGCCUCGGGCAAGGGGAAGGCGCCACCGACGAUCCCGGCCCGGCCGCGUACCGCCGCCCCGCCCGCCCCCGGCAGCAGUCCGCCGGCGAGCAAGGCGCCGGUUCUGGCAGCCAGCGGCCGCGGACCCCCGCCGGCCAUCCCGCCCCGCUCCAGCCUCUCGCAGCGCGCCGACUCGGUCAGCGUGCCGCCCGCCAACCAACAGCCCCUGCUGCGCCAGUACUCCGCCAUCGAGCCGUCAACCCGCAACCCGCAGCCACCCACCAAGCCGUUCCCCUUCCGCUCGCUCCAAUCGAAGCAGUCGACCGACGGGGCGGACCACAAAUAG